CGCGAGUGGGGUACACGAAUCGUCAGAUGUUAGCUUUUGGUUAUCAAUGCGAAUCGGAGGUGAAACGAGCCGUAUGACAGCAUAUGAUGGAGGGAUUUAUCCGCACCAGAGGAAGCUACUACGUACUAGCGCAUAAAACCCAGACAGACUUCACGAUCGAGGGUAUAAACUGACACAGCAGCCUGCCUUCUGCAAAUCCAAAACGAUAUAUCCUUUACUACUCUAGAAGCCCAAGUCCUCAGCCGACUAAGCCUUCCUUGAGACUUACUCCAGAAUCAAAGUCCAACUCCAAAAUUGCUCUGUCUACCAUGCAACUCAAAUAUCUCUUCAUCGGCACGCUUGUGGGGGCCGUCGCAGCUCUCCCAGUCGCGAAUGCUGACCCGGACGCCGUCGUCAACACCCGCUUCGCGACCUAUGAGAAUGAGGCCCGUAAUGCUGAUCCGGAUGCAGUUGUCAACACUCGCUUCGCAACUUACGAUAAAGAAGCUCGCGAUGCUAAUCCGGACACCGUCGUCAACACUCGUUUCGCAACUUACGAGAAAGAAGCUCGCAAUGCUGACCCCGAUGCCGUCGUCAACACUCGUUUUGCAACCUAUGAAAGCGAAGCUUGAGGCCCCCCCCCCUGGAAGCCACUGCAUCAUAGUGUCAGCAGGGCUUAGGUAGAACUUUUUGGUUGCAGGUUCACUCGUUUGGCUUUGCAUGUUUGUUAGGAUACUUUACCCUGUCAAGACCUACGGUAUCUGUAUCCACUUUGUUGUAGAUACUAUGCCGUAGAGUUGGUUGGUUGGUUGGUUGGUUGGUAUAUUUAACGCCGAGGGAAGGGGGGAAGACUGGCUCUCGCAGACUUCCCUGGGGGUAUGCAGCGUGCAGGGCUAUCUCUAUCUACAUCUAUGAUACAUAUUUCGUAUAUCCUGCAAUUCUAUGAUACUCUAAACCGUUCCUCCAAGUAAGCUCGUAUACGGCGCAAUAUAGAGUUCUGGGACAGCCCCCCGGGUUGUCAUUGCUUCAAUCCAACCCGUGGAGACUGAGGUCGUUCGAGCCCUAGUGCCUGUACCGUUAGGGCGCUAAUGCCGUCAGGCGUUGUGAUACCCCAGAGUCUUGGAGUAGUUACCUAAGUAGAUACCAGUUGGAGUAGUUUAGCAAGGACCCAAUAAUCAAACAGGGAUUAGAGGAUCCCCCCGAGUUGAGGUUCCUUAAGUUAUCCCUGUCUCUUGACCCAGAUCUAUAGUUCAAAUCUACUACUCUUCUCAACUCUGUGCUGCUAAGCUUGACAGCGUCGCCUAAAAAUUACUCUAGGAGGUAUACUACGAGAGAGAAGCUACCUAGGUAAGUAUUACGUUAAACAACGC